GGUUUUAAUGCUUAUAGUGGCCGAUCUUGUUUACUUCCGGUUAAAUUUGACAGUUUUCGCCAGCCCCAACCCCGACUUUCCCCGUCUAUUCUGAAGACUGGCACGCGUUUCUGACCGUACAUUUUUAAAAUGGCAAUCAAAUGUACCCCUACGUAACUGUUGGAGGGGAGCUCAAGUCUUCAAUUAUGAAUGAGAAUUUUAGAGCUGACGUGUCAUAGAUUGUGUAUUGAGGGACCUGUAUUUGAUAAGUAUGUGGUUUAAGUUGAUUUUGCUGUUGAUAUAUGUGGCCGUCCUUUUUGUCUUGGCGCGGCUGCUGGAAGCAGUGAGCUGGAUUGAGACGGGGGUGCUGUCACAUCGUCUGCUUGACCCUAUGACCUUGUCGGUGUUGAAACUGAAGACACUUCUAGAGCAGAGAGGGGUCAGUUAUGAAGGGGUGGUGGAAAAACCCGAGCUCAGUGAACUGGUAGAAGCCACAGGGAUGGUCACAGAGGGAGAGGUGAGUGAUGCUGUUCUAGAGGAGUCAUCCACCCCCACAAAUUUCACAGGUGGAUCUCACUUCUUGGAGCAGGUGGAGGACGCCAAGGACAGUGUGUGGUUGGUCAGGGUCAUCAAACAGCAGUGGAACUUUAAGCCUCUUUCGGACGCCACAUGGUCAUCAGUCAUCAAAAAGGUCACAAAAUUUGGGGUCAGGGUUGGCAAUUUCAACUGCAAGACGGAUUAUAGGUUCUGCCAUUUGAAGAACUGGGAUUCUACUCGCUUGAUCCUCGGACUGCCUCAGAAUUUCCAAUCCAAGUCUCAAGUUCAGCUAUACACAUACACAGGUAACUAUAAGCCGGCCAGCAUCAGUCACUGGAUAAAGGACACGGUCAACCAGAAAGUCCUGGUCAUCACAGAUCCCGAUGAAUUAAACAAAAACUGGAUCUCUUACAAACCUUCAGAGGACCCAGAGAUUCGUAUCGUCAUGGUUUCCAAAUCGUCGCAAGUUCCUUUGUUUUACUCAGCAUUGAGUGUCCGUUUUCCCGGAAGGAUUCGCUUUGGAGUGACUUCAAAAGAAGUUCUGAUCAAAAGUCGGGCAUGGAAGCGUCUUUUCAAGACAGAAAAUCUGACAUACUUCAUAAUCACUAAAGAAAAACUAUUUGAAUAUGGGACCAGACCCUCAGAAUUGGUGACAUUUAAAUCCAUGGAGACGUACUUAAAGUGUUUAUACCCCAGUCUUAAUGAUGUAUUUAUUUUAACCCUUUUUAUCUGUAAUAGUCUCACAAUUUUUGAGAUUAGUCUUGUGCAGGGUUCGUUUUUAAAGAGAAUUAUAAUGUUACUAUUCUGCGCCAUUAAGUUUAACAUAAUAUUGAUUCUGCUAUGGAUGGGACUGCUCACAGUUUUCCAAAUACCUUUGAUAGCAGAUUUUGUUCCCUAUGGUCUUAAGCUGGUUCGCCUAAUGGGGAGUACCAAUACCUUGUCUUUUAUUAGAGCUGAUUUUAAGUUUUACUGUCAACAUCUGAUUCUAGUAGAAAUUUUGUUAGGGUUUUAUUUACUGGCAAUAGGAUGGUGGUUUUAUAAGGAAAGGUCGGAAGAAGAUUUGAACCAGGAUUGGAACUUCGCUCAGUUUCGAACUUUGGAACAUUUAUUUUACCCACUACAUCCUCGAAGUUUGAGUCACUUGAAUCGUAACGCGUAUCUCGAGUGGAACCAACAAGAAAUUCCGUCCCUUUGGAUGGCAGCUCACAUGUCAUCAGAUUACAUUAAACAACUUCCUACCUGGCGAUUUACCAAGAAAGGCCAGAGGACUGAACAAGUUGUUACGAAUCCAGAAAAUACACACACUUUGCAUCCUUCUAUCAGUGCCAUUUCUGAACAUGAGAAUACAUCUGUGAAAGCAGAGAAGACAGAACUCGUCACAGAGAAGUCGGAUGGCAAUGGGAGCCAUGCUGGAGGCUCUGCGAUUGCGAGUGACUACAUGGAGUGUGGUCAAUGUGUGGUUUGUCUGGAUGACUAUGAGGACGGCGUGCUGCUAUGUGGCCUGCCGUGUAAACACAGCUUCCACCAGCACUGCAUCGUGACCUGGCUACAAAGAGACAACCACUACUGCCCGGUGUGUCGAUGGCCGUCUAACAAACAAAUGCCGGUCCAUGUACACUCGGAAUAAAUCCAAAAACACACAGUCCGGCCGUCUAACAAACAAAUGCCGGUCCAUGUACACUCGGAAUAAAUCCAAAAAUACAGUCCUUGAUUGCUCUCAGCCAAAGCUCAACACUGUAGCAGACGUCCAUUUGUCAGACAAUCAGCACCAGUGGACUAGGCUAAUAUUUAAGUAAAAUCUAUUUAUGAUCCUUGCUUUGAAAUAUCUCUACAAAAGGCUAUUGAAUCAAUUAAAGAUAAUCAUCUUGCUGAAAAAUUGAUAUGGGUUGUACCAGUGAGUUGGUUAAACGGAUCUGGUACUCUUGACUCGGAGCCUUCUUUGUGUUGUCACAAUUAAGUCUUAAGUUUCCUACUUUUAUUUUCAAAUUGCCUGACUUGUAUGACCCCUGUCUCUAUUUUCGGAUUGCUUGACUUGUAUGACCCUUGUCUCUUAUUCAAUGAAUUGUGUUAAAACUAAUUUUAUCCUCUCCCUACAAAGUUGUAGAGUUAUAUGAUAUCUAACAGUUUCAUCAUGUGAUCAUUGGUUUGCUGUUGUGUCAUUGCAAGAUUUCGAAUUCCACAUUUCUCUUCCAACUUUAAUGAUUUUCAGUAUUAAAAGUCAUGGUCACAGGAAGAGGGUGAUUCUUUGUUUUGGCUUUUGAAUUUUUUAAAAUUCGUUUUAAUGACACUUCCAUUGGUGUAAUCUGACACAAUUAUGAACGUUGUUUAAUUGAAAGAAAACUCUGAAUCAGCAGCUGGGAUGUUUUGCUUUAUGGAGUCCUUGUUAAUUUAAUACAAGUAUUAGUCUAAAAGUAGAAAUUUGCUUUGAAGGAUGCCAAAACAGCUUUGUCAUUAAUGUCAUUGUGUGAUGGCCAUUAAAUCGGAGAAUUUGUACUGAAUUGCCCAUUAUUUAUACAAAUAUUCUAAAUAUGAUACUUAUAGAAUAUUUUUGUUUUUGUUUGAUGUUUGACUUUGAUCAUCUGAAUGAUCAAUGAAGCAGUUGUCAAAUGGGUGUGCCUGGAGUAUUAAUAGAAUCUGUUUCUGUGUUAACUAAAGCUGUAGAUUGUAAUAUGCAUUAUUUUGUGAGAUGCAAUCUGUUGUAAAUGUAAUUCUAUGAGCCAUACAUUCGUUAUUUCUAAUCAGAUAUUGCUUUAGAAUGGAACAGAAUCAGAAUUUCAUAUUCUCACAGUCUAUACACACAGAGAAAGAGUCUAAGACUUGUAAAACUGAAAUUGUGUACAGUUAGUACUGUUAUAGUAAACUUAAGUCACAGGAGCUGAGCACCUUUGUGUGGAGUGUGAUUUUUGUACUGGGUAUUUUACAUUUUGUACAGGUAACAGUACAGCAUGCUUCCUUUCAUGUUCAUCGAAAUGUACAAAAUGUAGCUGUUGUUACAUGUAGUCGAGACAGGGAAAUAUAUUGUAUAUCGGGUAAUUUUGUCAUAAGGAAUACUUAGCAGAUUUUCCCAAAAAUUACAGCUUGUAAUUCAUCAGCACUUCAUUUUUUGACGUAUUUUCAUUUAACAAGAGUAUCAUUUAAAUGAAUAAAAAUUUGGUGCUUUUUAUUUUUGGCGAAUAUUCAUCAUCCACCAAAAACAUUUUUAAAGCACCAAACUUACCCGAUAUACGGUAAAUAUGUUCAGUUUAGUGCGAGUACAUAUUUUGUUCAUUUCUUUAAGAAAAGUAAGAAUCUGACUAUUAAGUAUUUGAUACCUAGUUUUAACUGCUAAAUAUUUGUUUAUCAUCUUUUAAUUUAAUUGUUUUCAUAUAUAUGAUUAUAUUUUUGUUGUUAUAAUUUAAAAACAAUCUUUGAAUCUCCUGAUUGAGGGCAUACUAUUAAGAAACCUAUUAUAUACCACAGUCAUAUGUAAGCAAGUAUUUUGAAUUGUGCAAGUUUUUGUUGUUUUAAUACUGAGAAUCUUUGAUCAUGCUAAAAUCUGCAUAGAAUCUUCCACUUUCGUAUUUACUCUCCUUUCCGAUUGAUUACUUGUCUUCUGUCUGUGUGUCACUGUUUUGACAAUUCUUAUAGGCCAGAACCAAAGGAAAAAUUCAACCAAACAUACCACCAAAUGUUUUUGGGUAAAGUGGAUUCAAAUUUCACCCACUUUUCUAAAGAGAAAAGAUUUCAUCUUCUUUUCAGAACGACAGCAAACUUAAUUUGAAUGAAAUAUUUUGGGGUGAAGGGGAAUAAAUCUGUUUUAAAGAAGGACCCUGUUCCUUCCAAGGGGAGAUAACUGUGGAAUAGGGUUCAGUGUUAAACGGAAUUAAAGACUUUAUACCAGAAAACUUUGCGUGAAACUUUCAGUCAAUUGGUCAAAUUCAAAACUGUUCCAACGAUAACCCCUGGGGCUAUAUGGGUUUGAAUUUUGCAUAUCAAUAUUCAAAAAAAUCUUUAUCUUGGAAAACAGUGACAUUAGCUAGGGCACUUAAUCAAUCCUCAAGUACCCAUAGAAGAAUAUGUUCAAACCAUGAUUGUGCUGGGUCCCAAUAGGGGUUUGAAGAAUUAGACUAUUAGAGUCCCAAAAUUAUAAACUGAGCCUUGUAUAAACAAGGUGACUCAGGCGAGCAUUGCGGCCAGUAGGCCUGUUUGUUGUGUAUAUUUGUGAAAAGCUGUAUAUUUGGAUUCCAAUAUAUAAAUUCUUCCAUAUACUAGGAAUAAGAUAGCAUCAAUUUUCAGUAUCUAAUGGUUGUUAAACACAUGUUAAUUGUUAUUUUGCUGAUUUUAAUCAUUUUGUUCACAGACUGAGUUAAUUACACAAAAAUAAACUAUUGAAAUAUGA